GGAGCAGCCAAAAGGAGACGCUCCGUCAUCUCUCGCUCUUCUUCGGCUGCAAAUCUCAUUUGUAAAUCGUCUCGUAGCGCGUCUUUCUUUUCUUCUCAAAUCUUUUCCCCCAAAUUUUUACCCGCGAAAAUUAGGUUUGUGUAUUUUAUUUUUAAAACUCUGAGAGAACCCUCUUCUUUCUCUUAGGGUUUUCGCAUCUCCUGUCUUUCACGUUGGAGAUGGAUGCGGCGGCUACGGAUGUGCCGAUGACGAAUCCGGAAUCCGUGGAAACAACUUGGGCAAUGGGUGGAGGAGAUGGAGAAUCUGCAUUUAAGAAGCCGCGAUUCGACGAGGAAGUGAACAGAGUAGCGGAGAUAGUCCUCGUCUUGUCCUCACUACGGAGGAUCCGAGGAGGGAAGACCCCGACGGAAUUGGAGCUUGAGCUGAUGGUUGAAGCCAAAUCGAAGCUGGUAGACAUGUGUCAGCAGUUUUCUCCAAAGGAUCUCAUCGGUAGAGAUGCUAUCGGAGCUGUGAUCGAAGAUCUGGGUUUGAACGGUAAGCUCAAGGAUCAGAGAUUAGGGUUCCGAGCACCUAAGUUAACCAUCUCCGAGAAGCUAUCUCUUGGCAAGAGAAAGAUGGAAGAAGCCAAGAAGAAUACAGUUGUAUCCACUACCUAUACACCUCCACUUCAUUUAACUCCUGCAAGUAAUGUUUCUAUGGGAAAGCAGUGGGUUAAUAGCGAUAUGAAUGUAUCUGCUACUGCAAGUGGAACCCAUUUCGUUAAGGAUGCAUCAGGGAUAAGACCACAGUUUAAGCCAGCUGUGCAUACGCAGGGACCAGCAGUUCCUGCUGGAAAUUAUUUUGGGAAUGCUGCUGCUGCAUCUUGGUCUGCCCAAGCUCAUCCCAGUUCCUCCACCAUAUCAUUUGGAACUCCAUCAGAUAGCAAAGUUCAUCCUCCAAGCUCUUCAAGAGUCACAGAUCCAAGCUUUAGACCAUUCAUGCCUCAAACUCAGCCAGGUGCAUUCCCAGGGAUGAAAGGAGUGACUUCUGGCCAGACCUCUUCACCUUUUGCAAACAACCACCAUGCUGAAAUCGCUAAGGUAAUCCACAAGGUUCUGCAACCGCGGGCUAAACAAAAUCUCUCGUGGAAGCCACCUUCAAGAGAGUAUAUGAGCAAAGCAAUGGCAUGCCAGAUGUGUCAAGGAACCAUCAACGAAGUAGAGUCACUGCUAAUUUGUGAUGCCUGUGAAAAGGGAUAUCACUUGAAAUGUCUGCAAACUAACAAUAUAAAAGGUGUUCCCAAAUCUGAAUGGCAUUGCUCAAGAUGUGUGCAGUUGUACAGUGGAAAGUCUUUCCCUCCUAAAUAUGGACGCGUUAUGAGAAGCGCCACUACAGCAAAAAUGCCUUCUACUACAGCGGAAGUUCAGUCGCCCGCAGAGAAAAUGGUUGUGAAGGUUAAUAAAGAGGCAAUGCCACGUCCUGAGACAGCAAAACCAACUGCCACGGAUGGAACAGUUGAGGUUGAAGGUGCAGCAGCUGUAAGUCAAACAGUAAAAGUUGAAGAUGCAGCAGCUAUAAGUCAAACGGUUGAAGCUGAAAAUGCAUCUAUGAAUCAAGCAGUUGAUGAUACUAAUGAUGAAUCACAAGAUUCUGUAGGAAACGAAGUUGACUGUGAUGAUACUUCAGAACAGACACCUCAUUCAGAGACUCCUAAUCCUCCGGAACAAGAGAACCAAGAAGAUCCGAGCAAAGAUGUCACUGAAGGAUCUGUCUCCGCGAAUUGGCAAGAUAAAGACCUAAAGACUACCGUGGAACCAUCAUCACAAGAGGAGAAUUCAGCAUCUCAGACAGAGAACUCACCACCCCAGCCUCUGCCUUUGCAGCCCAACACAGAUAAUUCCCAACAACAGAACACAGCACCAAAUGUCGAAGAAGCUUUACAGAAGAAUGUCACAGAAAGUCCACAGGAAAACAAAACAUGAGCAUUCACUCUGUCCAAGUACCCUCUCUGUUUUUCGCAUGUAUUAUAAAUUUAUAGGUACGUGAUGGUGUCUUUUAACCUUUGGGUUGAUCAAUAGAUCUUUCUUCCAUCUUUCAAACUUUCUGUGUUAAACUAGUUAUUGAUUUAGGUAUAAUUUUGUAAUUUAGCUUGAACUUUAUUAAUUA